CGCCAGCUAAGCGCGCUUUGUUUUGGCAUAGAAUUUGGGAAUUGUUUAUUUUGUUAAAAGAUUUUGUUGCAAUUUUGUAUUUUCCCGUCAGUUUAACUAAACAAUAUGAGGGAGUGUCCUUAUGGCGAUAAGUGCUACAGGAAGAAUCCCAUUCAUUUUGGCGAGUUUUCACAUGUACAUUUGGAUGCCAUUUAUGAAAAGGGCAAUGGGUCGGGAAGUUACGAUAUACCUGCGAAAUAUGACAGCGAAAUGAUUCUAGCCCAAUUAAAGUUGCUGGAAAAACUAUUUCCCAAAGAUGGAGCUAAAAAGGAGAAGGAAGAGAAUGUUUCUGGUUCAAAACCACCUGUGACUGCUCCAGUUAACAGUGGAUCCUCUAGUUCGAGGCCCUCAAAUAACAAUCCGAGUGGUUCCUCAACUUCCCGAUCAGCUCCUCCCCAGGACACCUCAAAUCUGGCCAAAAAACAGAAGAUGAAUGCCAAGAACAUCAGAGAUUAUAUUCCUGUGGUGGUGGAAAAAGGAGGAAUGGCCAAGAAACUGGAGCGAGCAGCUCCUUACAACAUGUUCCUUACGGCGAUUACGGACUCAAAGCCCACCCACUCGGAACCCUUGAGCGUCACCUUUCAGGAAAUCCUAGACGAAAGUCUGGGUGAGAUCGAGAGCACCGUGCAAAUAAACUUCAUGGUGGAUAUCGGCUGGCUUCUCGGGCAUUACUACUUUUCCGGGAUACUAGACAAACCGCUUCUGGUUCUCUAUGGCGACGAAUCUCCGGAAAUUCUCAACAUCAGCAAGCUUAAGCCGCAGGUCACAACCGUUCGGGUUAGGAUGCCCACUCCCUUCGCCACCUCGCACUCCAAAGUGAUGUUUCUGGGCUACACUGAUGGCUCCAUGCGGGUGGUCAUCUCCACUGCUAACUUGUACGAGGACGAUUGGCACAACCGCACGCAGGGCUUGUGGAUCAGUCCCAAACUGCCUGCUUUGCCGGAGAACGCGGACACGGGAGCAGGCGAAAGCCAGACGGGCUUCAAACAGGAUCUAAUGCUUUAUUUGGUCGAGUACAAGAUUAGUCAGUUGCAGCCCUGGAUUGCCAGGAUUCGAAAAAGCGAUUUUAGCGCCAUCAACGUGUUCUUUUUGGGAUCUGUGCCUGGCGGUCACCGCGAGAGCGCCGUGAGAGGUCAUCCUUGGGGUCACGCUCGCUUGGGCGCACUCCUCUCCAAGCACGCAACUCCCAUCGACGAUCGCAUACCUGUAGUUUGCCAGAGUUCGAGUAUUGGAAGCCUGGGUCCCAAUGUACAGUCCUGGAUUCAGCAGGAUUUCGUCAACUGCCUGAAGAAGGACUCCACGCCUGUGGGAAAACUGCGCCAGAUGCCGGCUUUUAAGAUGAUUUAUCCUAGUUUUGGAAACGUGUCGGGUAGUCACGACGGAAUGCUGGGUGGCGGAUGUCUGCCCUACGGAAAGAACACCAAUGACAAGCAGCCUUGGUUAAAGGAGUACCUGCAGCAGUGGAAAUCUAGCGAUCGCUAUCGCUCCAGGGCCAUGCCGCACAUUAAAAGCUAUACCCGCUAUAAUCUCGAGGAUCAGUCGGUGUAUUGGUUUGUCUUAACGUCGGCCAAUCUUUCAAAAGCAGCCUGGGGCUGUUUCAAUAAGAACUCAAAUAUUCAACCAUGCUUGAGGAUUGCAAACUACGAAGUCGGUGUUUUGUUUCUGCCCAGAUUUCUGACUGGCGAGGACACCUUCCCUUUGGGUAACAACCGCGAUGGUGUUCCCGCUUUUCCACUGCCCUAUGAUGUUCCAUUGACGCCUUAUGCUCCAGAUGAUAAGCCCUUCUUGAUGGAUUAUCUUCAGGGUUGAGAUGUUUAGUUGUUGAGAUGUUUAAAAUGUAUUUGAUUGUAGUUUCAUUUGUCUAAGUUAUCGUUUUUGAAUUUUGAUGUAUUUAUUUAUGUGAUCCUCGCAUUAAAGAAAAGCCAAAAAUGA